AUGGAUAAUGAGAAAUUUGAUGAGAAGAAUGAAUUGGCUAAGACAGAUAUUUUCUUGGCACUUGAUGAGUAUGUUUUGCUCAAUGGCUCCUUAGAAGCUAUAAUGAGAUUUGAUUCUAGGCGAAAGUUUGAUCAGGAAUCUUCAAGGAAUAUAUUUACAGCACGGGGAAGAUCAAUAGAGAGAACCACAAGUAGAGUUUUGGGAGAGGCCGAUAUAGCAGAGGUGGACUCCGUCAUGACAUGGCAUGCACGUUUGGAUCACUUGAGUGAGCACAUACUCAAGGUAGAAGCAAUUCAUACAUCUUGUUCCAUAAUCAAUAGGUCUCCCAGUGUUACUAUUAACUACAAGACACCAAAAGCAGUUUGUACAAGUAAACCUGUUGAUCAUUCUUUCCUGCGUGUUUUUAGAGAGGAGGAGACCACUCAUCUAAUGGAAUCCAUUGCUGAGGCUUCCUUUACUCAUAUCAAUCUCACAGAGAGAAUUUUCUCAGUUGCUAGCAGCAUAGUGGAGAGAGCGGACUUGCGCAAGAAAUAUGUUGGUGAUGAGUUCAGGGACAUCAUUAGGGAGACAAUUCAGCUGAGUAGUGGUUUUGAUAUAGAGGACUUGUACCCUUCUAUGGGCUUUCUUGGCUUUCUAUCAAGCACUAGGUCAAAGAUGGAGAAGGUCCACAGGCAACUUGAUUGCUUCCUUGAUAAGGUGAUAGAGGAGUAUGUAAGGAGUGGGAGGAAGCAUGAGGGAGAGCAAGGGGACUUGGUCUAUGUCCUCCUCCGGCUUCAAGAGGAAUGUGAUGCUGAAGUGGAACUAACAAAAGACAAUAUUAAGGCAAUCCUCAUGGACAUAUUUGUUGGUGGCAUUGAGACCACAUUUACUACCUUGACAUGGGCAAUGGCCGAGCUCAUGAAGAACCCAAAAGUUAUGGAGAAAGCGCAAAGCGAAAUGAGGCAUCCCCUUAAAGGAAAAGCCAAGGUAGAAGAAAGUGACCUGGACCUCAAGGAAACCCUCCGGUUACAUCCUCCAGCUCCAUUGUUGGUCCCAAGAGAAUCCAUGGAGAAAUGCCCAUUAGAAGGGUAUGAAAUACCUGUUAAGACGAGAGUCUUGAUGAAUGCUUGGGCCAUAGGAAGGCGUCAUGACGUCUACAAAAAUGCAGAGAAGUUUGAGCCUGAGAGGUUCUCCGACAGUUUGCUGGACUAUAAAGGGCAACGUUUCGAUUACAUCCCCUUCAGGGGAGGCCGGAGGGGGUGCCCUGGAGCACUGUUUGCAAUGGCUACUGCACAACUUGCAUUGGCCCAACUACUCUAUUGUUUCGACUGGAAACUCGCCCAUGGAAUGAAGCCAUAG